GCACACUGAUGCGCUUACAUAUUUAUUUUAUCAAAAAACGAACUACAGAAGAACAAGCGCAACAGGCAGAAAAGAGUCAAGAAUUGUGUCAUAAAGAAAAUAAAAUAGUAACGACAACAACAAGGACAGAUGACGCGCUAUAUAAACUUCUGCAGAUGAUGACUAAAGCUUUAUGUGAAAAAUAAAAAGGCAAAAGCUAAUUCAAUGUUCGGUUAGCUUGCCUAAGCCAAAUCAUUAACAGCAGCAAAAAAAAAAAAGAGGUACGCAAGAUAAAAAGCGCAUGUGUGUGGGUGUGCUUGUGUGUGUGCGUGUAAACAUAGUUCUUUUUGUUGCUUAUGAUUCCGUUUUGGUUUCCAGGAAUGCUGAUAAAUCAUAAAAAUAUGCCAGGAUGAAAAGUAUCUUAUCUGAUAAGUAUUUCGGGGUGGGCUGAUCAUAAACAUGAGCAAUACUCAUGUUCAAUACAUACGUAUACAUACGUAACUUAAGCAACAAUAACUUAAUCGUACAAGAUUACUCAAUUUGAUAAGGCAAGCGUGCAGGUUAAGCUCGCACGCCAUCUAGCGUUUGUCUUUUGUACUACUAACAUGGAAUGCUAAUUAACAAGCGCUAACAACAAUCGACCUUGAAAUCAGCCGCAAUGGUUAGUAAACAUAAAAAUAACUAAACACGUUACCGCAAGCGCACCCUGUAUUUAAUGCAGAACUUGCCACGGCUACAGGAAUUGGAUUUAUUUUGUCGCCAUUUACGUUAACACACUCACCUAAAUCAUCCAUCGUGCUGCUGUAGUCUAGUGCAGCUAGCCAUGGACACGCCAACGAUCUUACUGCUGAAUGACGAUUGUUUGGUUUGUAUUUUUCAAUACCUUACGCUGGAUGAACUUAUGGCUCUGCAUGGAGAACUGAACCCCCGCAUUGAUCAAAUUCUUGAACAACAGCUGCAUAGAUUCAAACAUUUUGAAUUCAGCAUGCGAUUUCCUCCAUCUUAUGGCUGGAACCAACUACAGGCUCUUGGUCGUCACUUACACAGCCUUAAUGUAAAUGUGGGCUAUUCUAUAAAAGCAGGAGAGGUCUUGGAUCUUCUUCCUAACCUGUGCUUAGGAGCCGCACAGAGUGGAAGGCUUCGAGUGCUGAAAAUCCAGCAUGUCGUCUUGACUGGCGAUUAUAUUGAGCAAAUAUUGCUGGUGGCGCCAUUCCUAGAAGAGUUGGAUAUCAGCUGUAGUUCCAUUGAGGAUCAUCUAUUGCCAAACAUGCUACAUCUGGCAACCAAUCUAAAAACUUUGGCUGUGAGCAGCGAGGCAGCUGCGUUCUUGGAUAUAUCCCUAUUGAGAAGUCUGUGGCAUUUGAAAAUUAACUGGAUUGUAGGCACUCCUUUAAUAGACUGCGCCUCUCUUAGCAAAGAAUACCCAUUGCUGAAUAUUUCAGUAUAUCAGUCCAACUCUGUAUUUAAAUUUGGUCCAAACUAUCGAUAAAUUGAUAUUUCAUACAACUGUCAUCCAUUAACAUAAGAAUAAGAACAAAAAUAAAACAAACCAACUUGA